ACGGCAAUGGCGCAUCGCCGCACGAGCAUCGGCCGCCAGAAGAUCGAGAUCCGACCGAUCGAGAAGGAGGGGGCGCGCCAGGUCUGCUUCUCCAAGCGCCGCUCCGGCCUGUUCAAGAAGGCCAACGAGCUGGCAAUCAUGUGCGGCGUGGAGGUGGCCGCCGUCGUCUUCUCCCGCGCCGGCAACGCCUUCUCGUUCGGCCACCCCUCCGUCGAGGCCGUCAUCCAGCGCUUCGACCCCACCGGCACGAAUACCGGCGGCGCCGCAGAGGACAACACGCUGCUUGUGGCGGACCUGAACCGCCAGCACCAAGAGCUGCGCGCGAAGCUGGACGCGGCGAAGGUAAAGAAAGAUCAGGUCGAGGCGGCCAUGGCGAUGGCGAAGGAGCGCUGUGCGGGGAUCCCCGUGGCGGCGUGGCUGGAGGCCGACGUGCGCGACAUGGGGGAGGAGGAGCUGAUGCAGUUCGCUGCGGCGCUGCAGGUGGUGCAGGCCGCCGUCGCCGCGCGCGCCAACCAGGUGCUCCAGGACGCCCUCAACCACGGCCGCGCCAUGGCGGCCAGGAACCGCUCCAACAUGGUUCCCGUGACGGCGCCGCCGCAGCAGCUCCUCGGAAUGGGCGCCGGCAGCUAUGGUUUGUAUGAUUUCGGUGCAGGCAGCAGCAGCGGUAACGCCACCAACGCCGCAGAGAUGGAUAUGCAGAUGCAGCUGAUGAUGAUGGGCAUGACGCCGCCGCCGCCGCAGGGGUUCGCCGUCGCCGGCAUGGACCAGCUGCUUCAGCAGGGGUUCGGAUUCCCCGGCCUCUACUGA